AUGUCCAACAUUCAGACAUUCGACAGCUCGACAACGUUAAGAAUAUGCGAAGAAGGAUACGACAUGACGAAACAGGAGUAUUAUUCAAAAAAGAGAUGCACUUUCUCGUGCUGCGACUGUUUCCAUAAAAAAUGCACUUUUCGCGUGUGGCAUAUUCUGCUAUUCCUGUUUAUAAUAAUCGUCAUUAUUAGUGCACUAGUAGUUAUAAUCGCAAUGUUUGGCCCUGCCAGAAGUCCAGAUAUGAAAUACUCGAAAAGGAUCGGAUCAGACACUCCUGAAGGCGGCUGUAAAGGUAACUGUACACGUUGAGUUUAUCAGGAACCAGCAUUUUGUGUAAUUGUUCAUAAUUGUCUUCAAGGUGGCGAAAGGUCCAAAUGCACGCCUCUCUUGUUUUAGCGCCGGCCCAAGCCUAUCUUAUACGAAAAAAAUAUAUAUAUAUAUAUAUGCAAAAUUAAAAGCUGAGGACUGAUACAAAAAGCAGGUUUCGAAGGUUAUAAUCCUUUCAAGAUGUGAUUACCAGCAUGCAUGACUUCUGUAAUUCAUUAAGUAAACUAUUGUAAGCGUUUAAUCAGUUAUUCUGCCUUGGCAUUUUAUGUUCUUGGGGAGGCUCUUGUUUCAUAAGCUUUGAAGGUGAAGUGUAUAGGACUGGCGAUGUUUCGUGAUUUCAACUUAGCUUGCUUAGGAUACAGUGGAUAUUAGGACAAUUCUGUUAGAAAAUCAAGACCUCGAGUUAAUUUCGAAACCCUCAGACGGGAUAAAUGGUCAAGAAAAACUCAACAACAAUUAGAGGGGCAAAAAAACAAAACAAAACAAAACGAAGACGUAAAAGGUCAGAUCUGCGACUUUCAAAAUAAGAGAGAACUUUUGCGAGACCCUCACUGACAACCCAGCAACUUUAUUUUGAACUUGUGACAACUGUCAUUUAAAUAAAGUUUGUGCAGCAUGGAUUGCAGGUUAAACAUCACAGUGAAUGAAUUUUCCUUGCGUGAUCUUUCAUGUUAGGUGUUAAUUGUCUUUGUCUACCUCAAAUUAGGGAUUGACACCUUUACGUCGGACGAGAACGUCACAGAUAGAGCGUAGUGAGAUUCAGAGAACUAAAUCUCUGAGAUAGAGAUCUUGCAUUUUGCGCAGACAAAAGUUUAGAUGACAAAGCCCUUCAAUUAUGAAGUAAAUAUCAUUUUAUUUACGACAAAUUCUAGAAUGCAACCCUUCACUUGAAGUAAUUUACUGAUAGUCUAAAGAGAGAGAGAAAAACAUUCAACAUUCUGAUAAGUUUACCCUUUUGAAAAUGACAAAGGCACUCGAUGUACGCUCGAGCUUGUACUAACAACUUUUCAAUAGUUUCCAUUCAUAACCGAAUACUGGUUGACGGAAACUUCAGCGUGCAUUAUAUCAUAGCGGAUCCACUAAAAUGUGGUAAACAGAAAGAACGGUUACAUAGUUCGUGAUGUUUGUUCUUCUUGAAAUUUUUCACUCAAAAGUGGAGGUAAUGUGCUACAGGAAAGAAGAUAAAAUAUGUUGACUUUGAGCUGACGUAACGUGGACACGAAGGAAUGCUGUUUCAUGUCAAACUUUUUGUUGAAAGCACAGGCGGGUGCUGACGAAACCGACCUUUGAGUUUUCAUUCAUAUUUCAUUUUGGUUUUAAUUCCGUUUCUUUACAGACAGGUAUACUGAUCUAGCUUUGGUUCUUUCUCAUGAGACGAUUUGAUUGCGCGUUGCAUGAGGACAUUCUAUUGAUCUGAAAUAAAUCGUGAUCAAAUAAUCAAAGAUGACAGUGAAAUGUACAAAGAAUUCAAUUAUCGAAUCAAAAAUGUGAACUUUCAACGCCAAAACUAAUUAGAGCUACGACACAGGAAAUUGUUUUUAAAAUUGUGGUCACGUUUCAAUGUUACAGAUGCGAACUGUUAUAUUCUAAAACUUAUUAACUAAAACUGUAGGUAACAGGUUUUAUGAUGAUUUGUAAAGACAAUGAGUGAUCUUCGACAAGAAAGAGAAAUGUAAGGAUAUUGUAUAUUACCGUCAAUGAAUGAAGAUUACAAGCAUGCAUCGCAUACUAGAUUACUGGAUCGGAAUUGGAGGUCGUAUACUGCUCCGAAGCAAAACAUUGCACAAGUAUUAAGCAAACUCGAAAGAAAAGAUGUCAAUCCUAUCGUAUUUUCACUGGGAAAUUCGUAUUUCAGAACCAUUUGGGAUGAUAAAAAUAGUAGUAAAGAUAAACUUCUCAAGCAUAUUUGCCUAAAUAUGAUUUCAUUGUUGAUGACAAUGCCAUUCUUAUUGCAAUGAAUCUCAAGAAAAAGAAAGAAUUUUGUGAAUUUGAAAUUUUAAUGCCAAGCACCUCAAAUAAUAUUUACUUUAGACAUAAAGCGGUGAUAAGACUGAUAAGCUGCUUUGAGAAAACCUAACAAUACGUACAUAAAUGUUAUCGACAAUCUUUCUGCUCAGCGGGACGUAACAGACAAGCGUAGUACCUCUUCUACUGAAAUGUCAUUCACCGACCAUCCCAGCAUCCUUUCCGUGUAACACCAGGUUCUGUCUAUAUGGUCCCUCUACUCACAGAAGAAUCGCACUGAAUCUCAAGAAAAAUAAUGAAUUUUGUAAAUUUGAAAUUUUAAUUCGAAGCACCUCAAAUAAUAUUAACUUUAGACAUAAAGCGAUGAUAAGACUGAUAAGCUGCUUUGUGGAAACUUCCUUAGACAGAUCUAACAAUACAUACAUAAAUGUUAUCGAGAAUCUUUCUGCGCUGCAGGACGUAACAGACAAGCGUAGUACCUCUUCUACUGGAAUGUCAUUUAACGACCAUCCCAGCAUCCUUUCCGUAUAACACUAGGUCCUGUCUAUACGGUCCCCCUACUCACAGAAGAGUCUAUUUUUAUAAACUGUCAGCUGCAUGGAGCUUAUUGACCUUUCUGACCCUUAUAUGAAUAAAAUUAUUUUGAGUCUCGCGCGAAUAUUUUUGGGUAAGGCAAAAAACGCGCUCUUGGUGUUAUGAUGGUGUAUACUACCCCGCUCCGAAGGCAAGUGGUGAAAAGUACGGCAAAGGGUCCUCACCUGUAUAAUUAAGUUCAUUUACCUUUCCUCAUUUACUUUCUUCAAAAGCAUGUUCUCCUCCUUUCUCCCGGAAUUUCACAUUAAUCGUGCAGUACUACCCUACUACCGAAGUGCAACGGUCACUCGAAACGAAUAUGGAAAAUGCCGAAGGAUAGGGACUACCAUGCGUUACAUCCCUACGAAAAACUAUGAGAGUUAUCCCUACAUUACUGGAUUUUAAGCCUUCAAAUAUGUACUUUUAUUUGUUAAAGCGUUCUUUUUUUUUUUUUUUUUUUUUUUUUUCUUUUGGAAAAUAGUUGCAAUAAUGACAACUUAACCGAAUGCCACAUACGAGAUAACAUUCUCUUUUUCCUGUUGGUGCGAAUCUCAAUAACCUCUGAAAACAUCGAGGUACUUGGAGAUUUUGACGUUUUAUGUAAUAUCUUUGGAAUAAGAUAUUGGCCCAUUGAAGUUUAUGUAUUCCGGUUUAUAUCGUUCAGACGCCUCUUAACUAAGUAGCCGGGCUGAAAGUUACGUUCUCGUGGUAGUGAUAGUGUAGCGAUCUUAAAUUGUUCCGAGACCAGCAGUCUGAGUAAUUACUACUUAACGAAAUUGUUAUAAUUGUGAUGCGAUACUUACAACAACUGAAUUUUGAAUCAAUGUAGCUCUACAGUUUAAGACUCCUUCCAGUCUAUCCCGACUUAUUUCGAAUGAAAAAUUUCGCGAAAAUUCAAACUUUGCUACGACAACUAGAGCAUCAACUACACUUGGACAAAGACCAAUCAUAAGAAAUAGAAAUUACAAACACCACUGCAACUCCAUUUUAGGGGCUACAGGCCAAAUCCCCUCCCCCCCCCCCCCCUUAGAUUUAAAAAUCCAUACUUAGGCCUGUAUGGGCGAAGUAUGGACGAAGUACGGACGAAGUAUGGGCGAAGUAUGUACGAAAUAUGGACGAAGUAUGCGCGGGAUGAUGCGCAACAUUGUCCUAUUUUAAAUGUUACGCAAUGUCGUCAUGUUACGCAAUUUCGUCACGUUACGCAACGAGGCUAUGAAACGUCAAACACUGCAUCGCUUAAAAGUUUUAGCCGUCAGAGUCAUUUGUAGUUAUCUUGGCAAUGAGGGCAAAAAGUGAAAAGUUGUUUUAUUAUAAUUUUUCCUAGAAAAAAGCAAAACAAAACAAAACAAAGUUACACAAGUGUUUUAACUUUUUUUUAUUAUUUCAUCAGGUGCUGAAGAGUCCACCACAGUACCAACAGAAUCUUCUGGCACAACCAAAGAAACGGACGAAAAACCAUCAACUGCUGCUCUAACAACCACAGAAAAACCAUCAAUUGCUACUCCAACAACCGCGGAAAAACCAACAAGUACUGCUCCAACAACCACCGAAAAACCAACAACUACUGCCGCAGUUAUAGCUACUGCUGCAUCAGCUGCUGGGCCAACAACGGCAGCACCGACCACGGACCCCCAAAGAAAUAUUUUAGAGUGCGACACAGCCAUAGUUGGAGCAGGUGAGAACUUGAUACCACCGUUUGGCAUCAAAUUCUGCAAGGGAUCGUUACUCUUGAGUAUCUUAAACGUGUACUGUUCAAGUCUCUUAACCCCCUAUUUUUUCUACUUGCCAUAAAUUUCUUUUCAAGGAAGUAAGAGAAUUUAUCAUCAUAUUAGGAUAAUACAUUCAGAUAAUACCCCUGUCACGUUUUCAUAUAGUGUAUUGAUAUUUUCAUAGAAAGUCAGACAUUGCAUAAGUAAUUCUUUUGGUAAUCUCUUCAAUUUUUAAAGUCUAUUCUCUCAAUUUAUAGGUGCAGGUGGCUUAUUGGUGGCAUAUUCACUUUUUGACAAGACGAAUGAAACAAACGUCUGCGUCUUCGACACAGAUGACAGCGUUGAAAACAUUUAUGACCAUGUUUUUCCCCAAGUACCGGAUGUUGUAGUUGGUAAGUUUAACAUAACACCAGAAGUCAAGCUGUAUCUAUGUAGCAAUCAAUAGCUAUCUAUCGUUGAAUUAAGGACUAAAAGUUAUUUUACAUCGUUUACUCGCUCCACCAAUCUAUGACGAAAACUUUUUUUUUUCUUUUUUUCAGGCUUAGGGCAGUGGGACAUUUCCGCUGACAACUAUGCAGAAAUGUAAGCGUCAAUUUAUCUCAAACUUGUUACUUAGCUGGUAGUCAAGAAAUAUGAAUCGUGACAGUUUUUUUGAAAUGCUCAAUGGUACCUAGGAAUUGUUAAGAGUACAAAACUACGCCGAGCCAUUUCAUAGAAAUAUCCUUGAGUAUAAAUGCUGAUCCUCAAAUAUUGAGAUGUAAUAUAAGGAUACCCAGGCAUAGAUGAGCUACAAGAAAAUAACUGAUCCUCACAAGUGAAUUGCGGCCUGGACUUGUUUGUCUUAUCUAGACUUCGAAGGGAUUGGAACUCAUUCCCCGCUGAUAUAUAUUCAUCAGGCAACUGAGCAACAUUUCGAGAGCGAGGCAAGUUUUCGUUAAUUGUUUAUCACGGGCAGACUGAACUCUGAUUUAUUUCAUCCAAGAAAAAGGGGAAAAACAGAAACGAAUAAGUAGGGCCAGUAAUAGAGACCAUAACAUCACAUUGCAAAUUAAAAUUAUUGAGAGAUUAUAACAGAAUGUAAACUACUAACAAGUUACGACGUAGACACAAAUUAGAAGGAAAAAAGUACGAUUCAAUUAAUUUCUGUUUUCAUUUUCAGGGACCUUUUAAAUCAUUUAUUCAACUACAAUGACGUCUUGUGGAACCCAAAAACUAAACACGUCGAAGUUCGUGGACAGUUUGCUAAUAGCUUUGAUGAUUUGAAGUUAAAUGCCUUUCCAACUUUACGGGACCGUGCGCCACUCAGGAAUCAGACACUCAUGGAAACUGCAGCUUUCAUAUAUAAUAAUCAGAGAAAUUUCACGCAGUUCUCAACCGCGGAGACUUUCCUUUCGUACGAAUUGUCCCCGGAGGGAACCAAGCUUAUGGCAGAAAAUUUCGGCUUCAAAGGUGGCUACAUGCAAGCCAUAAAUCCAAUGAGUUAUAGAACUUAUCUAAAGAAAGAAGAGUAUGUUACCUCCACAUCAUCAGAAGCGAAAAGGCCCCCUAAUUCCAAAGGAAUGUCCGAAAUCGUCAAAGAGCUCACCAAAAAAGUGGAAAGUGGAGGCGGUAAACUUUAUCGUAAAGAGACAGUUGCUUUCAUCACCAAAGAGGGAGAUAAAUUUCUUCUUCAAACUACCAAAUUAACUGUGAAAGCCAAUAAAACAGUUAUCACCGUUGGACCAGCUGCUCUGAAGAAGAUCGAAGGUGACGUCAUUCGAAAUAUUACAGGUCAUCAAAUAUUUGAAUCAAUUGUUGGUGUGCCUGCUUUCUAUGGAGCAGCAGUAUAUGAUAAACCAUGGUGGAAUGAUACAACUGCCACUCAAAAGAGCAACAACUUGGAGCCUUUGGAGAAGUUCAUAUCCAGCAGUGACUGCUUGGGAAUUACCAUGCCUUACAAGUUAGUACUCAUAAAUCUUAACAAUCUUCCUUAAAAUUUCAAAACAAUGCGUCAAUAUCUCCACGGUGAAAAUCGCCCGGGUAUUUGAAGUUUUUAAGUUUGUUCAAAUACCCGCCCCCCGGGGCCAAAAUUGCGUUCAAAUGCCCCACUCGAACACAAUUUUUGAUUAAACGAUUCUUCGUGUGAUCAACGAAUGUUGUAGAAUUUAGCAGUCACAUACUUAGUUUUUUGUGCCGUUGUUGGUUUUUUCUCUUGUAAGCAUCAUUCUGCGAUGUGAAAGUCUUCUUCUGAGCCAUUCGCUCACAAAAGGGGACUCUUUGUUUCUAAACUCCUCCUUUAAAUUCAAAACACGUAUUACACGGAAUUAAAUUACACACCCUACUCAGACAAGGUUCGAAUUACCCACCUCCGGGUCGCGAACGACAGUCAAAUUUCCUUGGGUUUCCCCAGGUAAUGUUGAAACAUCGAAUUGAUCGGUGCAUAACUUCCCUCUGAGUUAAAAAAGGUGAGUUCUUCAAUAUUCUCCAGUAUAUCUUACGAAUAAGCAAGUUUAAUUCCACCUGAAAAAUAGCAUCAAAAUUUUUCUCUAAUAGGAAUUGAACAUCUAGGAACUGGGAAAUAUCACGCUGAUACUUCCGAUCUAGACCAUGAUGAAGCAAAUUAAGCCACGUGAUGUUUUUUGAUAUAUCACCCUCGUGCAAAAAUAAUCAGUGAACUAUAUUGGAUUACUGUGACUUAUGACUCGAAAGCCUGUUCCUGUUCUUUAUUUUUAUGAUAGUGGUAAUGGAACCAGCGGAAGAGCUGUCUUGCACACAAUAGCUAAUAACGGAGGAUGCAGCGAUAAGUGGGGGAAACUUUUGGAGAUUUCUAAAUCCAAUGAUGUCAUCGACAAAGAACUGAAACGCGCUCUGAAGUACAAGUUUCAACGUGAUAUUCCCGAUCCUUUGGAGACUACGUAUAAAUAUUGGCAGGAAGGGUUUUGGUAAGUGCAGUGUUGAAAAAUGAUAAUAAAAAAAAAGGAUAAUAAUCGCUUAUUAUUGCUUUUUUUUUUUAAAUAAAAAAAACCUCAGAAGUGUUCUUAAGACAGUUUCCCCUCGAUUCUCAAGUUGUAAUCCCUUUCCCUCGUCAACAGAACGUUAUGCAUCAUUUUGGCUAAAAACUCAUGGUCUAAGUUUUCGGGUUUGUUCAAUGCAUAUUCAUAACAUAACUUCCUCUUCCGCAAAGGCUUUCCUAUUGAUAUCUGCUGAACGCAAUGCGCGUGUAUGUGGACGAACAAGCGGCCCUCGGUUUUUCGCCUGCAGUCGUCACGUACAGCGGAUAUCUAAUAGAGAGCUCUUGAGAAGGAGAGAGAAGUCAGGUGCCAACGAACGAGUGCCAACUUUGCUCACUUUUGACAGGUUCAUUUCAGCGCUUUUUUUUUUUUUUUUUUUGUAAGAACAUUUAUGGAUGUUACAUCUUCAUUAUUCAACGAUGUAGGUUUUUUCAGAAGCCUGGGGCCAACUUUAACUCAACAACCAUUCGGCAGUGGGCGAGACGACCGCUGAACGGACAAGAUGUGUUCUUAGUGAACAGAGCGUACUACGAUUUCGGUGGAUAUCUGGAAUACACCAUACGAUCUGCUUUUGAGGCCGUACAAGAGGGUUGGAAUUCUGAACUUGUAAUUGAUAUAUACGAUCCGUAAAGGCGCUGAAUACUUAGAUUUUCUGAUUGAUAAUGAUGGCAUGAAAAGAAAAUUAUAGUUUUGUAAACUAGUUAACAUAGAUUAGAAAUGUUAGUAGUUUGUGCGUUUUUAGGCGUUUUAAUAAGAACCGUGUGAAUUUUAAGUUAUGUCUUAGAGGACAUUACGACACCACGUGAGAAAUCAAAAUGAGAAAAGUGAGCUAAGAACCAUUUUAAGGAAGCAUUUAGGUUAGAGGAGACUGGGUCAAAAAGUUUGCCGAAAGAUAUCGACUACUUCCUCGGAAAAUGCCUUAUAAUUCCAAAAAUAUACAGAUAGCUUCGAAUCAGUUUUGGAAAUAUUGAUAAACUUUUUAUUCUGAUAUAUCUCUCUAUUUACGUCAAUAACGAUCAUUUUUUUCCCCGAUUAUUUUUACUGAAGUAUUGCAUGAGGCUUUGUCGAGUGUCAGUAUACAUAGAAAACAAUCAGUGUGAUCUCCAUACAUUUAUAAAGAGAUGUCAAACUAAUUCGUUCGUUAGGGAAAGAAGAAAAACGUUUUAGAGUAUAACUGAUAGAUUUAAAUAGGUGAUAAAAUAUUCUUGUUCGUUACUUCUCCCACAAAGGUCUUGUUUGUUUGUGUUUGCGCUUUAAAAAGCUCUUUUUUCGAAGGCAGCUUGUUUUAAAUAAGUAGCGUUCAUGUUCGGUUUCGUUCGCGGAAGAGUGGCCAUGUUGGGUGCUACAUAAUGAGGUGCUACAUAAUGAGGACCAAAGACCCAAAACAGAAGAUCCACGCAAACUAAUGUAAAACAAGAUGGGGAUAACGGCUGACUCAUGAUAAGUUCGGCUCUCAUUGCUGUGUGCGUGUGAGGCACACAGCAGCUUCGAACCUUUUAAAGGUUUCGGAUUUAAACUAUUGAUUAUGAGAUAGCAAACUGCCCACAGCCGCCUUCUGUUUUCUUAACACCAGCAGUGGUUCCUGCGAAGCGUUACCGCAAUGCGAUCAAAUGAAAUGUAGUUUAAGCACUUUUGUUACAUACUUCCAACACAUCCAUGUCUUUGGGAGGUUGUCUCUCGACUAAUUGGAUGGUACUGGUCCAUGACGAUAAACUAUUCAAACUGUUUCGUUCAAAAAAGGUCACUUUUGUACUUUCAGUACUUUCCGAUGUGUACGACUUGAGGACGACGCUCACAGACUCGGAAAAAUUUGAAACCUCGUUUGACAGGUUCAUGUUUCACGAGCCAAUCGGAUGCGAGCCUGACAGUUUUCCCAGAUCACAGUCUUAAAUGAAACAAAUUUUAUUUGACCUACGGAUGAAAAUCAAGUAGUUCUAGUAGUGAGCUGCAAUUCCUCUACGGAAAAGAGGAACCCUUUGAAAUUGCUACCGCACCCAACCUAUGGAUUCGUAGCUCAGUUGAUAAUAGCGCUCUACUAGUAUCCGUGAGGCCUGGGUUCGAAUCUUGACGAAGCUUGAAUUUUUUCUCAGGCUUCUAUCCAGUAAUUGCUUAACUUGCUGUUCACCAACGAGGAUCACUGCUAUAGCUGAUUUCUAAGAAUUGAUAGAUUUUAUUAUCAAAAUACAGUUACAAAACAGUUUGACAUACUCAGUGAUAUUUAUGCAUUUUAUUAAAAUUUUAAAGUUUUACCUCGUAGAUGUAAGGCAGAAAUUCAAAAGUUUAACACCAUCAUGUAAAUACCAACUAUCAGUGGAGUACUGAAGAUUGUCUUUAUGGAAAGGUUUCACGAUUCCCGUCAACAUAUUAGAAAACCUGGCAUGCUUACUCCUUGACACAAGAAACAGAUCGUUCAAAAUUCUGUUGUGAAAAUUUGAAAAAAAGUCCACACUAAAGCUGGAGACAUACAUGUCUGAUUAAGUCUUGCACGCUUAUUAAUAUAUAUAUUUGUUGUGUAGUGUUUAUGAUUUACUGGGAUUUGACUUUCCUCUACCAUUUCAGUUUGUAUAAGGGACUAUUUUCAGGCAAAAUUACCUGCCUUAGAACAAAGGACAAGUUUACUGAUUUAGAUUUCCUUUGUGCUAUUAUUAUUUAUCAGACAUAUCUUCCUCAGUCAUUUUGUUAUGACUUUUAUAGUACCAGACAGAGUUACCUGUCACAUGACAAAAGAUGCGUUUGCUAUUGUCCUCGAAAUAGAGCUGACAAACUGCUGUGACGCAUGAGCCAAUGUGUAAAAAAUAAUAUCUAUGGUGACUAAGAUUAAAAACGCUUUGAUCCACUGUGCUAAAGGGUUCUUAAAAAUCAACAGAAAAGGAACAUUAAAAGUCUUAAAACAGAAACGUUUAAUGAUUAUCACGGGUACGUAGAAAACAUUUUAGAUGGAAC